AUGGGCACGUCCAAGCAAAAGAUCAAGUACUCGUGUAAGAGCAGGUGCAAGUGUAAGGUCAAGAAAAGAAUAAGGGCAAGGGUAAUGUCAAGCAGGGAGAAAGUGCAAGAACAAGGUCAAGGAAAGAGCAAGUGUAAGUUUAUGGUCAAUUGCAAAGCUACAGGGCAAAUAUACGUGAACAUGGAAAGUGGAGCCCACAUAUAA